AUUUACAUCUAGUAAACUCCCCAAAAACAGUCUUUCCAAACAAUUGAUAAAACAAAACUAUAAAAAUACUUAAAAACACUUUACAUGAGUUUCUUGUAGUAACAAAACAUUAGGCUAAAAAUACUUAGCAGCUGCAACAACUGCAAAUUACCAAAGUUCCCAUUUAGUUGCAUUCCAGACGCUGCCAUGAACACGUCCCCAUCGACGAUAGCCCUCGGACUAGCUGUCUUAUUCCUGCCCCUGGCCCUUGUGCAUUCUGAUAUGGAAACUACCCAGUGGGCCAUUCAAAUUGAAGUGGAUCUGCUGGGGUUGCGAGAGAAGUCCGACAAGUUUGCCUAUUGCCGGGCCCUCCGGCAGCAGAGCCCGCAAAUUCCGCUAGAGAACACCAAAUGCGACUACUAUCUGAGGCACGACCCGAAGUUAAAGAUGGGCGACAUGCUGCUCGCGAGUCGGCCACACUGCAGGCCGGGAUGGGAACUCCUCGGAGGCAGGUGCCGCAAGUUGGCGUGAAAUCUUUAAGGGCAAAAGUUUGGGCCAAACAACGAAAUGAAGAACACAAUGCCCUGCUAUGGCGUCCUGACAAACUGCAGGCUGUCCGGGAUUUCUUGGGUUGACUGCCAUAAAAGUGAAGCAUCCAUCAUAUGGUCACAAGCUAACCCUAAUCAAGGAAUUGUUGUUCGUCGUUAUACGUCAUGUUGGCUUGUCAGGAGUGCCUCGGGCACAAAGAACAACAAUGGCCGACGGAUAAGGCUGAAAGAAGUAGCGGCGGCCAUUUUUGUUUAUCAACCUUCCCGUAUGGGAGAAAUUUUCACAGAAGAAGUCAAUCAACUUCCGCUUACCCAGUUGCCUUUUUUUUCCUGUUACUGUGUGUGCCCUUACCCCGAUCUUUGUUGUCAUAGUCACUAAAAGGCCAAAGCAUCGAAUGCCGACGAGGAUGGCAAGGUGUGAACUCUGAAAGAGGUAAAACUAAGUGACAGGCAGGCGGAUAAGCAUCAAAAGCUAUAGUUUACUUGUUAUCCUUGUGUAAUUAUUAGUCAACCUUAAUUAAAGUAUAUCGUAUACAUCCGAAA